CUGAACCAGUAAUGGCUAUUCAAUCCAGACUUCGUUUCUGCUCUUUUGCUUCUUUCACAUCUUGGCCUCACUUGGAACACGUGCCCCUGCCGCUGUCUCCAGGCUCCACAGUCCCGCGAGGCCACUGCGCCCCCCCGGAAACUCCCCCGGAGCCACACACAUAAUUCCAGGUUUCUCCCUAGAAGGCCGGCGGACUGCGUGCGCGGUGCCCGGGAAGGGAAGGGGCCAGACUUGGAGCUCUAAAGCACGCCCGUGCGGCGUCGUGGGUUCCUUCAAUGUCGGGACGUCAGCGCCCAAAUCUGGAGCGUCAGGGAACUCCGCAGCCCACCGGUACCGACGUUUUUCCUUUCCCUGGCCGGCAGCAGGACAAGGUCCCGCGGCUGCGCCGGGAGGGACCGUGGGUGGAAGGGAAAGCCACUGCAGCGUGGGGGGUAGGGGGCUGAGGCGAUGUCACUUGUUGCGGCUAAUAAACGGUGCCUGACCCUGGGGCGCUGUUGUUUCUAAAAUCUUUAGCUGUGCCCGGGAUCUCUCAACCUGCGUCCCUUGACUCAGAACCGGGAAGGAGGGGCAAGCCGGAGCAGCUGGCACUGCAGGCGCAGACGGGGGCCGCGCCCCGAGAGCCCGCUCUGGUGGGCGUUGGGUGCCGGAGGGGCGCGUGUCCCGUCCAGCUUGCGGCAGCUGCUGGGGCUUGCAGCCACAGAGUGUCCUCCCGGACAGUGAAACCGCGCGGGACGCAGCCCUUCGCAGCUCGUCACCUACUUACAAAUUGAUGUCGCUAGAAUUCCCGCCACUCCUCUCAGACCAGCCCCCCACCCCUGCCACUUUUCGGAGUCCUCCGCCCCCGUCACUGCCUCCCGGGAGCUGCGGGGCAGUCGGACGCGGAGUCGCCGAGCCGCUAGGACGCCUGGCUGGAGCUGCCUCUGCCGCUGAGCCGGCGCCCCCUGCCCUGUGCCGCGGCGUUGGCCUGGCACCCCCGCCGCCCUCGCUCUGCUCCUCCCGUCUCUCCUCCCCGCUUUCCUCCCCGUAGGUCCCGGAGCUCUGCCACCGCAGGGUGCAGCGGGGCCGGCGAGAUGCGGCAGCUGUGCCGGGGCCGCCUGCUGGGCAUCUCGGUGGCCAUCGCGCACGGAGUCUUCUCAGGCUCCCUCAACAUCCUGCUCAAGUUCCUCAUCAGCCGCUACCAGUUCUCCUUCCUGACCCUGGUGCAGUGCCUGACCAGCUCCACCGCGGCGCUGAGCCUGGAGCUGCUGCGGCGCCUCGGGCUCAUCGCCGUGCCCCCCUUUGGCCUGAGCCUGGCGCGCUCUUUCGCGGGGGUCGCAGUGCUCUCCACGCUGCAGUCCAGCCUCACGCUCUGGUCCCUGCGCGGCCUCAGCCUGCCCAUGUACGUGGUCUUCAAGCGCUGCCUGCCCCUGGUCACCAUGCUCAUCGGAGUCCUGGUGCUCAAGAACGGCGCGCCCUCGCCAGGGGUGCUCGCGGCCGUGCUCAUCACCACCUGCGGCGCUGCCCUGGCAGGAGCGGGCGACCUGACCGGCGACCCCAUGGGGUACGUAACCGGCGUGCUGGCGGUGUUGGUGCACGCUGCCUACCUCGUACUCAUCCAGAAGGCGAGCGCGGAUACGGAGCACGGCCCGCUCACCGCGCAGUAUGUCAUCGCGGUCUCGGCCACUCCGCUGCUGAUCAUCCUCUCCUUCGCCAGCACGGACUCUAUCCAAGCCUGGGCCUUCCCUGGCUGGAAGGACCCGACCAUGGUCUGCAUCUUCAUAGCCUGCAUCCUGAUCGGCUGCGCCAUGAACUUCACCACGCUGCACUGCACCUACAUCAACUCGGCGGUGACCACCAGCUUCGUGGGCGUGGUGAAGAGCAUCGCCACCAUCACCGUGGGUAUGGUGGCCUUCAGCGACGUGGAGCCCACCUCUCUAUUCAUUGCUGGCGUCGUGGUGAACACCCUGGGCUCCAUCAUUUACUGUGUGGCCAAAUUCUUGGAGACCAGAAAGCAAAGCAACUACGAGGACCUGCAGACGCAGCCAGGGGGAGAGGAGGCGCAGCCAAGUGGAGACCAGCUGCCGUUCGUCAUGGAGGAGAUGCAGUCCUCCGUCUUUGGGUUGUACCUCGACCAUUCCAGUAAAACUGAUACGCAGAGAUCCUCAAGGAUGCACACCUUCAAAUCCCAAGGUCCUCCUUCAGCUUGA